AUGGGCGAGGAGUCGCUGCUGGCGUGCGCGGUGCGGGAGACGCUCGAGGAGACGGGUGUCCGGGUGACGCCGCUGGCGGUGCGGUGCGGCACGAGGGCGACGCCCGGGGAGGGGGCGCUCGAGGGGCAGCAGCAGCAGCAGGAGCAGCAGCAGGAGCAGCAGCAGCAGCAGCAGGAGCUUCAGGAGAUGCACGAGGCGCAGCACAUGCAAGCGAUGCAGGCGAUGCAGCGGCGGGCACGCGGCGCACAUGUCGAUUUGCAGGCCGUCGAGUCAGAUGCUGAGGGGCCCGUCCGGCAAGGGCUGACAGAGGGGGUCGACCAUUACGAAGCGGUGGCGUGCUGCCAUUGGGCCGACGCGGCGACGGGGGCGUUGAAGAUGGUCUUCUACUACGCUGCCUCGGCCGACGAGAGCGCUCUGCCUGAGCCGCUCAUGGGCGAGGACGCGGGGCUGUUCGAGAACGUUUGGUGCAAGGUCGACGAGGCGGCGGCGCAAUUGGCGUUCCCGACGGACGGCAUGGUCGUGAACAAGGCCGUGGCGGAUAUGCGGCGGACGGGGUACGAUAUUUGA